UUUGGUACGUAGGCGUACUCUGUAAUUAUUUAAGAUCUGCGGUUUCCUCAACACCUGCUUUGACUUGCAAGACAAUGUCACAAAAGAAGAAAUGAAAAUGGACUGUGUGAAGACUGCCUCUGGAGGAUCGGAGGACUGUCAGACGACAGGGUUGAUUGUGAUGUGUGGUUUAAAAGGAGUGGUUAAUCAUUUGGUCAUUUGUACAUAUCUUUUUGCAUAUGAAGCAUUUUGUUCCAUGAUUUGCUUAAAUGAAAAUUGCUGAAUAAGCUAAAAGCUGAUGCCAAAUAAAUCACAACAUUUACAUAUGAAUCAUUUUGCAGACGCUCUUAUCCAGAGCGAUUUAGAGGAGCAAUUAGGGUUAAGUGCCUUGCUCAAAGGCACAUCGACAGAUUUUUCACCUAGUUGACGCAAAGAUUCAAACCAGUGACCAUUCGGUUUCUGGCUCAGUGCUCUAAUCGCUAGGCUAGCUGCCACAUUACUACAUUCUGUCAGAUCUUUCACUUCCCUUAUUGUGAUUUUGUUUUCUUAUGCUUUAAUUUUGACCAGAUAAUUUUGUUUUUCUAUGACAAAAACAUUCUAGAGGUAUUGUUAUACUACUUAAAACUGUGAUACCAGAGCUGGUACCGUGACAACAGUACAACCAAUCAUCCUUCUACUCUAAGCCAAUAAUAAGUGUUCUGAAACUUGUAAAUUACAAGUUAGAGAGACACCCCCCCCCCCCCCAAAUGAAGGAAGUGAAUCACAAGGCUGGUCUCGGGAACAAUACAGUAAAAGACCUGUCAACUCCAGUAGCUUUUUUUGGUUGGUGACUAGGAUGUGUGGGAACAGCUGCACAGCCUCAGUGAGUACUUGACUGAAGAUGAAGAUUCUCUUUCUCUUGAUUCUUCUAUUAGAUGACCCUGAGAUGGAAGCACAACAGAGGACGGUGGUGAAUGGACAAGCGUUGCUGAGAUUUGUCUUUCCUCCUUUCUACAACGGUUAUGAGAAGUUCUGUUGUAAACUAUAUCCUUGGGGAGUUUCUGUUAUUGUGAAUACCAGAGGAUAUGUCAACGACUUGUACGAGGGAAGAGUAUCCACAACCGAAUACAACGGUGGAAUGGAUGUUGUGAUAUGGAAUUUAAAGCCAGUGGACACUGGCGACUACAGGUGUGCUAUUGUCACCAUUGGAUGGAAUCAUAUCUACAAAGACUAUAACCUCCAGAUUGAUGGUGGUCGACGUAGCGGUCCAGUAUCCCCUCGACCUCCGGUCAGGUCAACCAUCAGCCCCUUCAUCUUCUCUUCCUCAUCAGACACCUCUGGGCCUGUUUUCACCAAGGACCACAGUGACAGCCCCAGUGUUCUCUGGAGCUUUGGUUUACCACUAGCUGCAGGUCUUUGCAUCGCUACGGUGAUUGUGAUCAGCUCAGUAGUCCUUCUUGUUGUUCAUCACAAAAUCAUCACGAAAAAGAAAUGUGGAGCAACUUCCAGUGACUCAGCUGCACACAUCCUCUCAGAGGAGAGCAGUAUUGUCUACACCACAGUGGACUUCAAGCCUCAUGAGAACCAUACCACUGAGCUGUAUGCCAACCUACAGACACUCCGCAGCCCCAGAAGCACCGACUCACACAGAGAGCCUGCUGGGACAGUGGUGUACUCCACACUGGCUAGCAACCAACGCUGAACCCGAUUUAUCUUUCUGAUGAUCCCAGAAUUACAAUGUUAGAAAACCUACAUUGUAUAACCUCAACCCGUUUUAGGACUCUAUUCAAUCAGAUCCACUUUAGACGCUGAUUAAAGUGGGUUUUUUUUUUUGCGGUAUUGGAGGUGGAACUGCCUACAGGUUUAUCAAAUCCACAAGCGGCUCCAGGCAGUAUACCUAGAGGUGGACACUGCCAUUGGCCGCACGGUGUCACAAUAAUAGAAAACCCACGCAGCUUUGUUUACAAGUUUGAACACUGCAAUGUGAGAUGUAAUCUACACCUCGAAUUAGGCUGAUAAUUAUUUUUUAAUUUGAGCGUCAUUAUUUCUGUUUAUAAACUGGGUGGUUCGAGCCGUGAAUGCUGAUUGGCUGACAGCCGUGGUAUAUCAGACCGUAUACCACGGGUAUGACAAAACAUUUAUUUUUUAGUGCUCUAAUUACGUUGGUAACCAGUUUAUAACAGCGAUAAGGCAACUCAGGGGUCUGUGAUAUAUGGCCAAUGUACCACGGCUAAAGGGCUGUGUCCAGGCACUCCGCGUUGUGUCGUGCUUAGAACAACCCUUAGCCGUGGUAUAUUGGCCAAAUACCACACCUCGACGGGCUUUAUUGCUUAAAUAGCCUACAUAUUCUUGCUUUGAACUUCUAACAGGAGUGGGGCGGGUGCGAUCAUUGUCACGCAGACACAAGAGCAGCUGCUCACCGAUUUGACCGCUCGAACGCAGUUCCACCUCAGACACCGCCAAAACAUCAGCUGUGGGGGUGUCGCCAGUUAACGCUUGAUUUGCCAUCGUGUUGAUGUUGUGUUGAUAUCAUGGGAUGGUCAGUCGUUGCCUCCACUGCUAUGUCUAUUCAUUUGAGAGUGGUUACAUUUCUCUAGGCCCAUCCCUCAGCUUUUUACCCAAACAGAGGUGGGGUGACCACUUUGUUUCAGAUACAGAUUCUAGCUUUAAGAUUUAUAUCUAUUUUGACUUAUAAACCAUACAAAUAAAGUUUGAAUCCGCUGCA